AUGAAGGUCGUACUGUUGUUGUCCGCUUUAGCCGUAGGCGGUGUGUUUGCUAUCGGAUCGCCAUCCGAUUCGGCAGAACCCAACUCGCGAAUAGCCGGUGGCGAAGAAACCGAUCCACGAGCGGUUCCCUUUAUCGUCGGUAUUCUGAUUUCGGGUUCUAAUAGACAUGCCUUUUGCGCCGGCAUUUUGAUAUCACCAACACACGUUCUUACGACGGCAAGCUGUGUUUCAAAUCAACCCAUUCUUACAGUGCUUCUGGGGGCAAGUGAUAUGACCAGAAUUCAGGAGUUCAUCGGUGUGGCAAGCAUUCUUAUCCAUCCUAACUACAGCUCGCUGUUGAACCGUGACGACGUUGCGAUCCUUACCAUGGACCGAGCGACGCCGCUGAAUGAGUACAUCCAGGUUGCAAAUCUGCCACGAUGGGGACACGUGGGCAACACGUUCAAUGGGUUUGGAACCACCGUAAGCGGCUGGGGUAACACGGGCAACCGUGACAACGAACCCGUCCCCAUACCUAAUCUUAACUCGAUCCGCACUCCGGUCAUCAGCAACACCGUAUGCGGCCUGUCACACAACUUCAUUCGAGACGACCAUAUUUGUACCUCCGGGGAUAAUGGAGGUCCUUGCGACGGCGACGAUGGUGGUCCAGUCACGAUAACGGACGCUGGCGAAACGAUCGUCAUCGGCAUGCACUCUUUCCAUUAUAGCGGCCUGUUUGGAUGCGAUCGUGGCCGUUCGGCAGUCCAUAUCCGACUCACGAGCUACCUCAGCUGGAUCGAAGCCAAUUCGAACGCCAUCAUUCGAACAUAA